UACACGACGCAGCGUCGUCAAACAGGAACCGGCCGGUUGUGAAUGGGACAGUUUUCAUGUUGCAGCUAUUGGCAGUAUAUGGUUACAGCGCAGAGGUUCAGAGACAGGUGAGCUUACAGGUGUGUCUGUGCUCGGGUUGUUACACUCGGUCAGAAGGAUUUACGCUCACAUUUAACUGCGUUGGUGUUAUUUCUCGGGCUCUCGACGGAGGGACAACUUGCCUGCGACAACAUAGCUUUUGAAGAGGAUUCAUGCCAGAAGCUCAACAAUGGCUUCAGACUUGUCAUAUCUGUGCGUACUGCAGAAGGUAUUUCAGAGUGGACGGCAGCAGAGUGAAGACGCUACAAGAGGAGGAUAAAGUACUAAGAACUAUGGAACUGUCUCUGGCUCACCCAGCUAUCAAAGCCUUCAUGUGUGGCUCCUUCAGUGGGACUUGCUCCACACUGCUUUUCCAGCCUCUCGACCUGGUCAAGACCCGUCUGCAGACCUUACAGAGCAGCAUGCAGCCUGGUUCGGGCAGAGUGGGGAUGGUGACUGUGCUCCUGAGCGUGGUGCGGACAGAGAGGUUGCUGGGACUGUGGAAGGGAAUCUCACCGUCCUUUGCUCGGACCAUCCCAGGAGUGGGGAUCUACUUCAGCACCUACUACUCUCUAAAGCAGCACUUCUUCCCGGACAGCAGCCCACGGGCCAUACAGGCUGUGCUGCUGGGAGGCGGGGCCCGGACGGUGGCAGGGGUCUUCAUGUUGCCAGUUACUGUCAUCAAGACCCGCUUUGAAUGUGGCAGGUACAGCUAUGGGAGUGUGACUGGGGCUCUGUGCAGUGUGUGUCGGACUGAAGGUCCUGCAGCUCUGUUCUCUGGCCUGAUGGCCACUCUCCUCAGAGAUGUUCCUUUCUCUGGUAUCUACGUCAUGUUCUACAGCCAGUCCAAGGCCUCAUUGCCAAAAGAAAUCAGCUCGUCUGCGUCCGCCCCCUUGGCUAACUUCAGCUGUGGGAUCAUGGCGGGUAUAUUGGCCUCUCUGAUCACUCAGCCUGCUGAUGUGGUUAAAACACAGGUCCAAGUGAAUCCACAGCUGCGGACAGGCGAGGCUAUCAGAUACAUCUAUAUGGAACAUGGACUCCAGGGGUUCUUCAGAGGGGCAGUUCCACGGACACUGAGGAGGACCAUGAUGGCCGCCAUGGCGUGGACAGUGUAUGAGCAGAUGAUGACUCGUGUUGGACUGAAGUCCUGAAGGGAAGAGUUGAUGAGAAGAUGUUGAAAAGAAAGAAGAGAGAAAGUCACAGAGUGAAGAACAGGAAAGAACCGCUACAGUGCAGAUGAGCCUGAUGAUGUUUUGCUCAUAAGAGCUGCAGACUGGCGAGCGCAGAAAUAGAACACUUGUUGUCUAUAUGACUAAUACGCACGAUACAAGAGAGAUGUGGAGGAUUUGCUCCAUGAAAUGUGCUUUGCUGAAGUUCACGAACCAGGAAGACAUUUUGUUUUGUAACUCUGGAGAAAGUAUUUUUAAUAUUAAUAUAGGUAUGCUGUGAUGUUCUGUAUUGCACUACAAUGUUGUAAAAAAGAAAUCCUAAUCCUUUAAAGAGUAUUUAGACUCGGGUGUUUUUAGAAACGCCUCAGUGGGAAUUCCUCUGGUUUUUCCCAGUUGUAGAAUAAAUCCAUGUAAUCUCAAAAAAACUGCAGUGACCUAAUCUAUCGUUACUCAAGACAGUGUCCCAGAUUCAGCUCAGACCUCUAUAAUGCACUUUAACCCCCAGCACAAAUUUAAAACCUGGAGAGGCUUAAAGGACUCUCCAAUAACACAAUGGAUAUUUAUAUUCUGAUAUUGUUUGUACACAAUAUGUAACACAUUAAUCUGCCUUAAAAUGUAAUGAUUUUUGUUUUGAUAUUCCUUUUGAGAUGUAUUUUCAUGCAAUAGCGUGUUCAACCUUUUUUUUUUUUUUUCUUUUUAAAAAGGAUGUUUAAGAAAAUAAAACCCUGAACCCACUA